GUUUUCCUUUCCCUUCCCUUUUCAGAUAAUGGAGUGUCUUGUGUCUUCUAAAAGAGCUGAGAAUGCAUCGUCUGAACAAGAGGAAAGUGAAGAUGAGGUUGAGUUUGUUGGGGAAGCUGUGUUGAGACCAGUCUUGGACUGCAUUGAACUUAGCAGUGGUGACGAAGACGGUAGCAGUUCUUCUAAUGCAAAUACAAAACGCAAAGACUACGUCGAUUAUCAGAAGGAAAAGGUUGCUUCCACACUUGACCGCUUGGCACGCCAUGUAGAGGUAGAGAAACAACUGAAAGAAGAGAAAAAUAAAGCUUUCAAGGAAAAACUGGAUUUGCAACAUGCUCACGGACUGCAAGAGCUGGAAUUUAUCCAGGGACAUAGUGACACAGAAGCAGCAAGGCAGUGCGUGAACCAGUGGCUGAAAAUGCCAGGUUUGAUCAUUCUCCAUGCGAUCCAUCAAUUACACUACAUGGAUGUCCAGCUGAUGCAUUUGCCUGCAUAGUCUGCAACAGAAGAUUCCCAACGUCUCAGCUAUAUAAUGAGCACGUUUCUUCUAAGGCAAGUGAAGGUGAUGGCCAUGAAAAGAAAUACCCUCCUCAGCAUAUUCAGUGCUUUGCAUGUCCAUGUUGCUUUCUCCUUUUUAGCAUGAGAGAUGAGUGUCUGCAGCAUAUGUCUGAAAAGAAUCACUUCUCUCAGGCUUUUAAACUCAGUGAUAAAGCAACACAACCACAACCUUUGCCAUUCCAACCUAUGCA